CCACAUACUUUUGAUGAGUCGCUCAAGUGGGGCUGACUUCCUGUUACUCCCUGCUCUGUGAAGACAGAGGAAGAAACAGAAUCUGCUUAAGCUCAAGCAGAGGGGAGAGAGGCAAUGAUUUCCAGGUGGCAACGUGUGGAGCUGAAUGAUGGUCACUUCAUGCCUGUGCUGGGAUUCGGCACCUAUGCUCCCAAUGAGGUUCCAAAGAGUAUGGCUCUGGAAGCCACCAAAUUAGCUAUAGACGCUGGGUUCCACCACAUUGAUGCUGCUUACUGCUAUCAAAAUGAAGAGGAAGUGGGAUUGGGCAUUCGGAGCAAGAUUGCAGAUGGCACUGUGAAGAGAGAAGACAUCUUCUAUACUUCAAAGCUUUGGUGCACCUUCCAUCGACCAGAGCUGGUCCGACUUUCCUUGGAAAGUUCACUGAAGAAACUUCAGUUGGACUAUGUGGACCUCUAUCUUAUUCAUUUCCCAGUGUCCAUGAAGCCAGGGGAAGAUUUGUUCCCAAUAGAUGAACACGGAAAAGUAGUAUCUGAUACGGUGGAUCUCCGUGCCACCUGGGAGGCCAUGGAGAAGUGUAAGGAUGCAGGACUGGCCAAGUCCAUCGGCGUGUCCAACUUCAACCGCAGGCUGCUGGAGAUGAUCCUGAACAAGCCAGGCCUCAAGUACAAGCCUGUCUGCAACCAGGUGGAAUGUCAUCCUUAUCUCAACCAGAGCAAACUACUGGAUUUCUGCAAGUCAAAAGACAUUGUAUUGGUUGCCUACAGUGCCCUGGGAUCCCAUCGAGAGAAAAAAUGGGUGGACCAGAACUCCCCAGUUCUCUUGGAUGAUCCAGUUCUUUGUGCCAUGGCAAAAAAGUACAAGCAAACUCCAGCCCUGAUUGCCCUGCGGUACCAGCUGCAGCGUGGGGUUGUGGUGCUGGCCAAGAGUUUCAAUGAGAAGCGGAUCAAAGAGAACAUGCAGGCUUUUGAAUUCCAGUUGACUCCAGAGGACAUGAAAAUCCUAGAUGGCCUGAACAAAAAUAUUCGAUACCUUACCCUUGAUGUGACUGCCGACCAUCCUAAUUAUCCAUUUUCUGAUGAGUACUAAUACCCAGGUAUCUCUGAUGACUUUCAGCAGAAGCUCCUGGGUGUGCAUAGUGUGACAUGUAAGAGUUCACUCAGUACUUCUCAUAUGUUUAUGAUGACUGUCCAUUUUUAUUCUGCUAGAGCUAAACUCAUAGACCUAAAAGGAAGGCACUAAAUUUUGUCACAUUUUGAAAAAUAAAUAUCAGUUUGCCUAACAA